AGAAGAAGAAGAAGAAGAAGAAGAAGAAGAAGAAGAGCUGCUCGUAGCAAGCUAACGGUUUUCCGAGUUGAGCCCUCAGGUUUUGGGAGCUUGUGGUAGCGUUCAUCGCGUCGUGCUGACAUGGCUUUACUAACGCCGUUGUUUGCUUUUCUCUACCACCUCCCGCAAGUCUACAAGUGGCUGCUGAAGCCUUACUAUGUUGCUUCCCUCUUUAUGUCUGUAGCCUUCCUGGCGAUCCGUAAGACGCCUGGAAUCUGCGACCAUCUAGCCUCUCAGCGGGAGGACGGGAACUCCUGCGACUUUGACUGGAGAGAAGUGGAAAUCCUCAUGUUCCUGAGCGCCAUCGUCAUGAUGAAGAACCGCAGAGCGAUAACUGUGGAGCAACAUGUGGGAAACAUCUUCCUCUUUAGCAAGGUGGCUAAUGUGAUCCUGUUCUUCCGCCUGGACAUCAGGAUGGGCCUGCUCUACAUGACGCUCUGCUUAGUGUUUCUGAUGACCUGUAAGCCUCCUCUCUACAUGGGACCAGAGUACAUCAAAUACUUCAGUGACAAAACCAUUGAUGAUGAGCUGAACAAGGACAGUCGUGUGACUUGGAUUGUUGAAUUUUUUGCCAACUGGUCUCCAGAGUGUCAGUCCUUUGCUUCAGUGUAUGCUGAUCUCUCGCUAAAGUAUAACUGCGCCGGCCUCAAGUUUGGCAAGGUUGACAUCGGGCGCUAUGGAGAAGUUUCCAGAAAGUUCAGAGUGUCAGCAUCUCCUUUGUCCAAGCAGCUUCCAUCUGUGGUACUGUUUCAGGGGGGUAAGGAGGUAAUGCGGCGCCCACAGGUGGACAAGAAAGGCAGAGCUGUAUCCUGGAGCUUCACUGAGGAAAACAUCAUCCGAGAGUUCAAUCUGAAUGAGCUCUACCAGAAGUCCAAAAAGUUCAGCCGGAACAAAGUUGAGAAGACGAGCCCAUCCCAGUUCCCACCAGUCCCUGAGGAGGAGGAGCCUGAGCAGCCAGGAGCCGGAGCCCAGGUGGAGGAGUCCAAGAAAGACAAAUAGGAUGCUAGCAUCACCAAGCUUGAACUUGUAGUACCAGACUAAUCAUCUGCCUCAUCUACACUCUUCUUAUCAAGUUGUUCAGUUUGCCCCCAAUCCAGUCUGCAGAUUAGUUACGGCUGUGGUAAAAACAUCCAAACUUAAUAUAUCCUUAAUCAGUGUUUUUAUUCUGUCCUUAAAUGAGGAAGUGACUAAGACACUUUUAUAUUGUUGGGGGGGGGGGGCGUGUUCCAUCUUCAUGUGAAGGUCCAUUCCAUACAUGGGCCACAAAUGUCAUGCUGUGUUGUUUAUUGUUACUAAUUUAGCUUAUUUCAAAAUGUACUUAGUCUAUUCCUGUGAACUGAUCCUAACGCUGCUGAGUGGAUAUUACUGCUCAUAUUGAUUCAAAAUGCUAAAGCUUAAUGAGCUAAAUGUAUGAGUGGCUUUAGCCGCUACAUUAAUCUGACAUAAAGCAGACUUAUGUCAGAGGGAAGGUCAGCAAGCUAAAACACUCCAGACCAGCAAGCCUGAUCCUUCAUCAAUUGCAAAUAGUUCAGAAUCCAGGAUUCAUGUCAGAUGUUCCAACAUGGAGCAUGGGCUGAAAACAAUUGGCUGGAUUUAGCUUUACUCUGUUUCUGUAGAAGCCAGUGUCCCACAUGUUGGCAGUUUCUAAAACGUGGCUUUAGAAACUGCAGGAGGACCAUAAGUCCAGACAGCAAGGCUUGAGACAUCCAUGCAGCCGUUGAUCUUUGGUUUUAAUCAUCUGCCUUUCAUAUUAAACAUGUUGACCUUUUAAGGAUCUGCUCCUAAUAUUAAACAUGUGAACGUUGAGCUUCUGUUAACAUUCCAGUCCUGAACUGUUAAACAGUUUGGGUUUUGUUUUUGAAUGCACUGACUGUAUUCCUGUUCUAUGUUGUUCCUAAACAUCUUUUUUGAAGGUAGUUUUUACGUUUGUGUUACGUUGCAUUUCUCUGGAGCAGGGAUUCCCAAACUGUGGUGCGUGCACCCCCUGGGGGUGCGCAAGCUGAAAUCUGUAAAGACGGUUUGACAGUGUUUUUUCCCACACCAUAAACACGUGUAAAUAAACAUUUCCUUUGUGGAAACUAAAAUCAAAACAGCAAAUUUAAUAAAUAAAUACAAUGUAUUGACAUUAAUAUCUGUUAAUUCUGCAAAUAUGCUCAAUUGGCUGAAACCAGGUAAUCGGCUGGGACACUGAAGGGGGUGUGCGGCUAAAAAAAGUUUGGGAACCCCUGCUCUAGAGCUUACGUCAGACCUGUACUUAUUUAUACUUGUGUAAAGAGUGUACAUGGGUGUCUGCCUUAGAAACGUUUGGCCUCCUUUGUUACACAACAAAUAAAACCCAAAUGCACCCAA